UAACAGAAUAAUUCUACAAUUAUAUAGUGCAGUAGUGAGGUAGGAAACCAUGAGUGGGGUCCUUCCCUUUGUGAGAGGUGUUGAUUUGACGCAAUAUGACUUUAAAGGAGGGAUGUUUCCUGAAAAAAUAAAGCAUAUGUCUGGAUUGAGAUGGCUAAGACUUGAUCGCACAAAUCUCUGCUAUCUUCCUGAAGAAUUGGGUGACUUGAAAAAGUUGGAAGAAGUGUCCGUAUCAAGAAAUGGUUUAACUUCACUCCAUGGCGAUCUGGCUUCCUUGACACAAUUAAAAGCAAUAAAUGCCCAUCAUAAUCAAUUGAAAAAUGCAUCAGUACCAUCAGAUAUUUUUUCUCUUGAAGAGUUAACCACACUAGAUUUGAGCCAUAAUUUAAUUACAACUGUACCACCUGAAUUGGAAAAUUGUCGCAGUCUUCUUGUUUUAAAUCUCAGUAACAAUCAAAUUGAUUCGAUUCCACCACAGAUGUUUAUAAAUCUCACUGAUUUGAUCCAUCUUGAUUUAAGUGGAAACAAUCUUGAAACACUUCCGCCACAAAUGAGAAGACUUGUGCAUUUGACUACCUUAAUUUUAAAUGAUAACCCAAUGGUACAUGCGCAAUUACGACAACUUCCAUCCAUGAUUGGCAUCAAAACUUUGCAUCUACGCAACACACAACGUUCUCUAUCUAAUUUUCCAAGUAGCUUGGAUACAUUGAAGUUCUUAGAAGAUGUGGAUUUAUCGCAUAAUGAAUUUACUCGUAUCCCUGAGUCUUUAUAUACUUGUCAAACUCUCAGACGUCUCAAUCUAUCCAACAAUCAGAUUCAUGAGCUCUCACUCCUUGUUGACUCGUGGACAAAAAUGGUGACAUUGAAUUUGUCAAACAAUCAAUUGACUUCAAUUCCGACAUCAAUGAGCAAAAUGCAAUGUCUGAGAAAAUUGUUUUUAAAUGAUAACAAGUUAGAUUUUGAAGGAAUACCAGGAAGCAUUGGCAAAGUAAUGAGUUUGGAGCAAUUCUGUGCUGCAAACAACAAUUUGGAACUAAUACCCGAAGGUUUGUGUCGAUGUUUGGAUCUCAAAAAGCUUAUUCUAACCAACAACCGGCUUGUCACCCUGCCUGAAGCCAUACACUGGCUUGAGCAUCUUGAAGAACUAGAUGUAAGGGGUAAUCCUAACAUUAUUAUGCCACCUAAGCCACGAAUGCAAACAGAGGCACCAGAUAAAGUAUACAACAUAGAUUUUUCGCUUAACAGUCAACUACGAAGGAUUGGUAUCACUCCCCCAGCUAGUACAGAAUCUGCUACUACUUCACACAAAGAUCACAUAGCUCGUCGACAUAGAUUACGUCGUAACAGGAAGGAUGAUGGUGGAAAGGCUGCGCAAGUGUUGCAAGGCUUGUCUGAUAUGGCAGCUGAUGAUAAAGUAAAGAAGUAUUAUGAUGACGAUGAAUCACAUGGUGCUUUGAUAAAAAGCUCAAAACGAUGGGAUGAACAACUUGAGAAACCUGAUGUUAAUUAUACUUCUCUUUUUUCUGAUGAAGUUGGUCAGUUUCCGGGUCUAACUCUGUGGCAGAUCGAAAAUUUUUAUCCAGUAUUGGUAGAAGAUUCCGCAUAUUAUGGGAAAUUUUAUGAAGCUGAUUGUUAUAUUAUACUAAGAACUGACCAAGAUGACAGUGGGAACCUAAACUGGCAGAUUUUUUACUGGAUCGGGCUUGAAUCAACAAUGGACAAGCAGGCAUGUAGUGCAAUCCAUGCAGUGAACCUUCGAAAUAUGCUCGGUGCAGAAUGUCGAUGUGUCAGAGAAGAAAUGCAAGAUGAAAGUGACGAAUUUCUUGACUUAUUUGAUAAUGAUAUCGCGUACAUUGAAGGUGGAAAUGUGAGUGGAUUUUACUCUGUGGAAAAAAUUGAAUAUCCUUUACGAUUAUAUGCAUUAAAAGGAACAAGAACCCUGACCCCUUUUCCUGUACCUGUGGAAUGGGCUUCUUUGGAUCCACACCAAGUACUUAUUUUAGAUAAUGGAAUGAUUAUUUAUGUUUGGGUUGGUGCGGCUGCAAAAGGAGUUGUUAGAUCAAAGGCAAGGUUAAUUGCUGAAAAAAUAAACAAAGAUGAAAGAAAGAACCAGGCUGAAAUUAUUAUGUCCUAUCAAGGAUACGAGGAAGGUGAUUUUUGGGAAUUGUUUGGCGGAAUGCCUGAUGAAAUAACACCCUCUGAUUUGAGUGUUUACAGAGGAGGACGACCAGCACUUUACAGGGUCAAUUUAGGAAUGGGGUAUCUGGAACUACCACAAGUAAAAUACCAGCUACUUCUGGAGCAUGAAACUAAACCAGAUCUUGAAUUAUUACCAAAAAAAAGAUUAGUUCCUACUCUACUCAAUUCAAAGGCUGUUUAUAUACUCGAUAGUCAUACUGAUGUAUUUGUAUGGAUCGGUCGUAAAUCACAGAGGCUAGUUAGAGCUGCAGCAAUGAAGCUCGCGAACGAAGUUAUGAACAUGAUACAUCGCCCUUCGUUUACCCUUGUGUCUCGACAACUCGAAGGUACGGAGAGCGUGAUUUUUAAAAGUUAUUUUCAAGGAUGGACCGAUGUUCUCAGAGUUGAUUACACCAAAGCUACAGAUCAAGGUACCAUUAUAAAACAAGAUAAAAAGAGCAAAGAAGAUCAGAUCGAUCUAUCGGCAAUAUUCAUGCCUCGACAACCCCCCAUGCCAGAUGAAGAAGCAGAACAAUUAAUGGAAGAUUGGAAUGAAGAUCUUGAACUUAUGCAAGGAUUUAUUCUUGACGGAAAAAAAUUUGCAACUUUGCCGCAAGAAGAAUUUGGGAAGUUUUACACAGAGGAUUGCUACGUAUUCUUGUGUAGAUAUUGGGUUCCUCCUCCAGAAGAUGAAGAAGAAGAUGAGGAGGAGGAUGAAGAUAAAGAACAGGAUGAUGAUAUUCAAUGUAUUGUGUAUUUCUGGCAAGGAAGAGAAGCUUCUAAGAUGGGUUGGUUAACUUUCACAUUCUCAUUGCAAAAGAAAUUCGAAGCUCUCUUCCCAGGUAAACUUGAAGUCGUCAAAAUGAAGCAACAACAGGAAAAUUUGAAAUUUUUGUCGCAUUUUCAUGAAAAGUUUGUUAUUUUCAAAGGAAGUAGGAAAGCUGCUAUUAAAAGAAAAUCAGAUAAUGAAGAGCAACCUCAGUUCUUUCAGAUUCGUGCUAAUGGUGGGGCUCUUACCACCAGAUGCAUUGAGAUAGAUACUGAUCCACAUCUGCUCAAUUCAGAAUUCUGUUAUAUUUUGAGCGUGCCGUUUAAUAGUGUUGACAUGACAGGGAUUGUGUAUGGUUGGAUUGGUAGAGUCAGUUCAUCUCACGAUGCUAAGUUGAUGGAGGAUUUAAUAUCAAUGAUGUUUUCUCAAGAUCACAGUAUACAAAUUAUAAAUGAAGGUGAAGAGCCAGAAAAUUUCUUUUGGGUAGCGUUGGGUUCUAAACCAGAUGAAUAUCCAGAAGACGCCGAAUACUUGCAUCAUUCACGACUUUUUCGUUGCUCAAAUGAAAAAGGAUAUUUUUCUGUUUCUGAAAAAUGUGCAGACUUUUGUCAAGAUGAUCUGGCUGAUGAUGACAUUAUGAUUUUAGACAAUGGUGAUAUUGUAUAUAUGUGGGUUGGUGGUCAAACGAGUCAGGUUGAAGUUAAGCUUGGUUUAAAGACUUGUACCGUUUACAUCCAACAUUUGAAGAGCAAGGAAAUAAAACGACGCUUACGUCUUGUUCGCAAAGGCAAUGAACCGAAAGAAUUUUCAAAAUGUUUUCAUGCUUGGGGCAAAUUUAUUAAAGCUCCAGAAUAGAUUUUAAUUCUUGUUAUAUUACUUGGAAUCUUAUAAUAUUUAUAUGCUAGAUAACGCAACUGUUGAUUCUUAUGAUUUCAUUGUUUCGAAAUAUUAUCUCCUAUAAUUGGUCAAUUAAUGAACAUGCUUGCCUUGCCAAUACUUUGCAUAUGUGUGUCGAUUUGUUUUAAAAUAAUUAGUCUAAAUUAAAUAUUGGAUACGAAGUGAAAUGGAUUGGAUUGCUUUUCUAAAUUGUGAAAAGAAAUUUUUUCCUGUUGAACAAAUGAGCCAAUCGUACUCGGGGAUGUGGGAGAUGGCUAUUACUUUUAUUUAUUUGAAAUGUUCUUGUGUCCUGCACAGGCGCCUCUUCAUAUUACAUUUUCUUUUGACAUUUGUCUGGAAUUUCACUGGCACUGCAGUGGCCAUAUGGGUCAUUUGAACUCCAUGUUUACAUAUUGAAUAUAUUUCAAUCCAUGGAAAUAAAUGUGACUUAAUACCACAUACACCCUAUAAUCUCCCUACAUAUGCGCAAAACCAGGUUUGUUCCAUAUAAUCUAGAUGCGAAAUUGAUUUUUUCUGAUGUCAAAUUUGUAAACAUACAAUUUCAAAUAUUCGUUGAUGAUUUUGUUUAAAUUGCUUCAAUUAUGACAUUCACCUACUGCACAAAACAUCUGGCACCAAUGUUUCACGAAGACGUUUUAUUUUCAUUUUGUUAGAAAUUUUUAUGUUUCAUCUCCAUGUUUGAGGAUGUGAAUUCAUGUAGAUUGUUUUUGCAUUGUCAUACAUGCAUGCAGAAGCUGAUGCCAUAUUCACCCCUAUUUUGCAGUCAAGUACUUUAAUUGUGAUUGUUUGUUAUCAACAAGAAUAAUAGUUUACUAUGAUGAUUUUUAAAAAAAACUUCAAUUAUCGAUUCCAAACUUUAGGUUUACAGCUCUGGUAUGACUUUUACAAGUUAAAUGUUCACACUAUUAGAAUUUUGAUUUGGGAACACAUAUAUGCCUGCCUGUACAUAAGUUUUGUAAUAGAAGAUACUAAGAGUACUAAUCCGAAAUCAAUUGUGGAAAAAUGAUUUUUUGUUUGCAUGUUACUUUUCAAUGUCAUUUGCUGGCUGGCCACAAUGAUAUGCAGUAUUUGGAUAUAUAAUACAAGAAUAUAUUCACGCUUCAAAGCAA